AUGUCUUCCAUCCGCGACCUGAUGUCCACCUAUCCAAUGCUCGUGUCCGCCAUCGCUGCGACCGGCGGCGGCCUGGCGCUCGUGUACGCGCUUCGUGCCUAUCUCCUGCCUAAACCCAUCCCGGGAAAGAAGGGCCGUCGCAAAAAGCUCUGGUGGGCCGAGCUGGCCGAAAAGCACGAUUCGCCCAUUGUGCAAUUCUUCUUCCCCAUGAUGCAGGCGAGCAUCGUGGUGGCCGACUACCGCGAGGCCCGCGAUAUUCUUCUCCGGCGGAGCAAGGAGUUUAUCCGCGGCCAGGCGAACUGCGAUUCUUGGAUCGGCUUGCUGCCGGGCCACUUUAUCGCCAUGGAGGACGCGCACCCGCGGUUCAAGGAUGCCAAGGCCCUGGGCAAGGACCUGAUGACGCCGAGCUUUUUGCAUAAUGUGUCUGCUCCUUCAUCCUACGAAAUGGUCAUGAACCUGAUUCAGCUGUGGAAGCUCAAGGCCGACGUAGCGCAGGGCUCCCCGUUUGAUGCUAGCGAGGAUCUCAGCCAACUCACAUUCAACAUCAUGGAAGCGGCAGCUCUGGGGGUCGACGCCACGGAGACUUCCAUGGCCCGACACCUGGCCAAGUUGCGAGAGGCCCGGCUACCCCAGGGACGCGGCGGGCCUGCGCUCGUCGAGUUUCCAGAUUGGGAAGAAUCGGAUCUGCUAGAGGCUCUGCACGCCUUUGAAAAUGCGGCCGGCAGGGCUCUCGUGGCGCCUAGCCCCUGGCUGUUCCACGUCUUCAACAACCUGUUCAGCUCGAGGUUGCGCAAGGCGCGUGCUGCCAGGAAAGCUGCCUUGACGACCUACAUUGACGGCGCGCGACAACGCUACGCCAAGGACCCGGAAGCAUUCGUCGCCCUGUCGGCCGUCGACCACAUGAUCUUGCGCGAGGCCCAGGCCAUGGCCAAGGCGAACACCACCACCUCGCACCUCACGCUAGAGCUCGAGGACGGCCUGAUAGGGUACAUGAUCGGCGGCCAGGACUCGACGCACAGCACCCUCUGUUUCACCGCCAAGAGGCUCGCCAAGCACCAGGAUAUCCAGCAGAAGCUCCGCGAUGUCCUCCGCGCCGCGCACCCCAACGCCGUCCGAGAAGGCCGACAACCGACGGUUGAGGAGAUUACCAAGACGCAGAUCCACUACCUCGACGCCUUGAUCCAGGAGAUACUCCGCGCUGACCCCCGGGGCACCAUCAUCAUCUUCACGCUAAACGGCCCCACGAUUAAGGGGAAAGGCUUCGACGUGCCGGAGAGUCGGAGGAGCGCAACGUCGGCCAAGAACGCGGGCGGCGUGGGGGAUUGGGCCGAGACUACCUACUCUGGGGAAGAGUUCCUGCCCGAGCGGUGGCUGGUGCAAACGGAGGGCGGCGGCGAGGAGGGCACCUACGAUAGCAUGGCGGGGCCUUUCUUGUCGUUUAGUAGCGGCACGCGGUCCUGCUGGGGCCAGAGGCUGGCAUACUUGGAGCUGAAGCUUAUUAUUACCUUGCUGGUGUGGAAUUUCGAGUUUGGCCGGUUGCCUGAGGAGUUGGACGAUUGGAAGGUGAUUGAGGGCAUGUUUACGAGGCCGAAGAACACGUAUGUUCGCCUCACUGCCCUGUGA